AUGACGUCGACGAUAUCCGUGACUGAAGACGAGAUCGAUGACUAUCGCGUCGUCAAGCUCUUCCAUCAGGACAAGAAGCGGAAUAAUGCGGUGAAAAGCAACAAGUACAACUGGUACGACUUCGUGCCGAAGAACCUCUUCGAGCAGUUUAGCCAACUGGGCAACAUGUACUUCAUGCUGGUGGCCGUGGGUCAACUCUUCCCGUCCAUCAGCAACACGAAGGGAAAGCCCGCCACUCUGGUCCCUCUGAGCGGAGUCGUGGUGAUGCAGGCCAUCAAGGAUCUCUUCGAAGACUGGCAGCGCAUUGCGUCAGAUCAGAAGGAGAAUAGCAACCUCGCCACCGCAGUCGAUGCCAACAUGGCUGAGAGCUCCAUCGAAUGGGGCCAGAUACGACCGGGGAUGGUGUUGAAAAUCCGCAACGAGGAGAGAAUCCCCGCAGACUGUCUUCUUCUCACCUCCUCCCAUGCUGACGGCCACUGUUGUGUCGAGACUGCAAAUCUGGAUGGUGAGACGAAUCUGAAGAAGAAAACUGCCGCGCUGACGCCUGCCGAACUGGAAUCUGCAGCGCAGAAUGUCCGCUUCGUGGGGGUGGGUGCCGCACCGUGUCUUCGCUGUGAGCCUCCCUCCGGAGACCUCUACGCCUUCCGCAGUUCUUUGGAGCUCACAAACGGCGAGGUUCGCGGACUUGGCGUGAGCACGCUGCUUCUGCGGGGGACUUCUCUUCAGCAGACCGAGUGGGUCUUGGGAAUGGUCGUCUACGCGGGCCACGACACGCGGACACUGAAGAACUCACGCUCCGCUCGGUUCAAGCCCUCGGCGCUGGAUGUGCGUCUCAAUGGAGUGGUUGCCAUGAUUUUCGCGAUCCAGAUGUCCAUCUGCUUGUUCAUUUCCCUGUCUAGCUUCCUGUGGCAAAGUCUCCACGGACACAAGGUGUGGUAUCUGGAGGGCCUCCCUCAGUAUCUGAAUCCAUUGAGGCAAGUUGGCAUUUGGUUCCUCAUGCUGAACAGUAUGGUGCCCAUCUCCUUGAUGAUUACUGUCACCGUGGUCAAGUUCGCACAGGGGAAGAUCAUGUCCCAGGACGAGGGGUGCGGCAGCAACGGCAAGAAUGCCGAAGUCCACACCAGCCAGGUGAUCGACAGCCUGGGGCAGGUAACGCACGUCUUCUCGGACAAGACGGGUACCCUUACGCAGAACGUCAUGGAGUACCGGGCCUGCUCUGUCGGGGGCCGGAUCUACGGCUUGGAGGGCAACCCUUCGGACGAAGAGAUCCUCCAAGAUGCGCAUGCUGCUCGCCUGCAAGCUAGUGGUUUUCUUGGAGGUUCAUGGGUAGUUAUAAGGUUCCUUCAAGGCUUUCUUUAA